AUGGCGAACAGAAUUCCCUGGGUCGGUGGCAACUGGAAAUGCAACGGCGACGCGGCGCUGAUCGAGAGCCUUGCCGCACAGUUCGCAGCGGACGGCGCCCCGCGCGCCGCCGAGGUCUGCUUUUUUCCGACCGCGCUGCACUUAGAGAAAGCGCGCGCCGCGUUCGGCGCGCGCGCCGCGGUUGGCGUGCAAAACGUUUGCGCGCACGGCAAGGGCGCGUUCACCGGCGAAGUUGCGGCUGAGAUGGCGGAGGCGCUCGGCGCGCGCUGGGCGCUGGUCGGGCACUCGGAGCGCCGCAGUCUGUUCGGCGAAACCGACGAACAAGUUGUGCAGAAAUACGAACAAGCGGCCGCGGCCGGCCUGCGCGUUGCCGUCUGCUUCGGCGAAACACUCGCGCAACGCGAGGCUGGCGCUUCGCGCGACGUCUGCGAGGCGCAGCUGCGCCCGGUGCUGCCGGCCAUCAAGUGCUGGGACUCGACAGUGCUCGCGUACGAGCCUGUGUGGGCCAUCGGCACCGGCAAGCGCGCGGCGCUCAGCGACGUCGCUGAGAUGCUCAAGUUCGUGCGCGACUACGUGCGACAGCACGCCGGCGUCGCGGCCGCCGAUAAGGUGCGCAUCGUGUACGGCGGCAGCGUGACCGCCGCAAACUGCAAGGAGCUCGCAGGCGCGCCCGACCUCGACGGGUUCUUGGUGGGCGGCGCCUCGCUGAAGUCAGAGUUUUUGACGAUCGUGCACGCGCUCGACAAAUAG